AUGGAAAACUGCGGCAUCAUCUUCUUGACAUGCUGCUGCUACCUUUUUCUGAUAUCUUCUGCUCAGCUUCCACCCUUCUUGGCUGUUGGGAAGAACUUCAUAUGGAAUGUUAGCAGCGAAGGAUACAUCCUCCAAACUCAAUCGACUAACCCCACCUUUGCUUGUGGCUUCCAUAGUAAUGGCACCUCCUACUACUUCUCCGUCUUCAUGUCUGCUGAUCUAACUUCUUCAUCAUCAGAGAAUCAGACGGUGAUGGUCUGGACUGCAAACCGAGACGAGCAUCUGGAUGCUAGCUCCAUCCUCAGGCUCUCUCAGGACGGUAACUUGGAGUUAGUUGAUGGAGGUCGCGAUGUUAUUUGGAAAGCAGGAACAGCAGAUAACUAUAAGAGACAUCAGCUGAAGGAUGGGCAGAAACUUACAUCUUCUUCCAGCUCUACUAAUGCCUCAUAUUUUGUCUCAACGAAAGACGGUGAUUUGAGCGCGUUCAUCGACGAUGGGCCACCUCAGAUGUAUCUCCAGUUGAAGGAUUUCAGCAAAACAGCAAGUCGGUGCAUUAACACUGGUAACUCCACUGGAAGGCUGCGUUGCGGACCAACUAAGGCCCAGUUCUUGAUCACAUUUUCCCUUUAUCGGAGCAGUCCCAAGACUGUCAGGAAGACUGCGAAUCAUUUCAUAAGGCUGGAGUCUGAUGGACGGCUGAUGGUUUAUGAUUGGAACACUAAUGAGAAUGAAUGGAUGUCCUCUGAUUUGGGAAAUCCAUACUCAGAUGCAUGUCUGUAUCCCCUGAAAUGUGGCCGUUUUGUUGUUUGCAAGGACGGACAGUGCAGUUGCCCGAUCACUUUUAAAGGUGAAGACAAGUAUUUCAAGCACUUGGAUCCUCAACUUCCAGAUAAGGGGUGUGAGGAAGUCGGUUCAGUCCCUUCCUGCAAGAAGCCUAACGACGGGAGCUUAGUGGAUUUUGGCAACUAUUCUUAUUUCGCUUAUGUAGACCCCAGUGCACCAGCAGGUAAUAUAGUAACUCUUAAUGCAUGCCGUGAAGCCUGUUUGAACCACUGCUCCUGUCAUGCCGUCUUCUUUAAUUCUCAGAAUGGUAGUACCCCUGGUAAUUGCUACUUGUUCGACCAGGUCUUCUCAAUUAGAGUAGAGCCAUUAUACAACCAGGCCUAUACUUCCCGGGCGUUUGUCAAAGUAUCAAGCCUGUCAAUAUCUCAACCUCAACCCCCUAUGUCUGAGUCACAAGGUGAAGGAGAACAGCAUAGGAAUAACAAGUACGCUAAGUCCAUAAUCGGAAUUGCAGUUGGAUCAUUGGCAGUUGCGGUUUUUGUUGCUGGAACUAUUAUGUUUCUAGUCAAAAGGAAAAGGGAAGAAGAAGAUGAUGAAGAGGAAGAUGAAUUGGACCAAUUGCCUGGAAUGAUGCCCAGGAGAUUUUCUUAUGAAGAGUUGAAGACGGCCACUGGAGAUUUUCAAAUGAUCCUCGGUCAGGGAGGGUUCGGUGCUGUUUUCCGGGGAGUCCUGAGCGACGGCAUCCAAGUUGCAGUGAAGAGGCUGGACAAUAAAGGGCAGGGGACAAAGGAGUUUGUGGCAGAGGUUCAAACCAUUGGCCGCAUCCACCACAUGAAUCUGAUGGAUUUUCCAUGA